UUCCUAGAUUCGGUAUGGUUUUUUAAAUAGUUGAAUUUCGUUGGUGUCGGUCUAGCAGAAUUUCCACCUAGAGCAAUAUGAAAAAAGGAGCGAUUUUUUUACUAAUUUGCAACAUCAUAUCAUAUAGUGAAGCAGCUUUAAGCGUCUCGGGAGCAUCUAGUGGUGCAAACGGAGCAGAAUCCUUUGCAAACUCUGUUGGUGGAGGUGGAGGAGCCGCAGCUGCUUCGGCAUCAUCCUCUGGCAAUGGAGGUGCAGCUCAAUCAGAAUCGUCAAGUGAUGGUGAUGGUGAUGGUGCAUUCGAAAAAGAAUAUUCAGGGGUUAAUGCGCAAGGUUAUUACGAUGUUAAAUAUGGAAGAGAUGAAGACGGACAAAACUUUUACAUUCAAGCCGGACCAGGUAAUCAAUUUGUUGAAGAAGAAGGUAACAUAGUGAAAGCUGGAAUAGGCGCAUUUUCAGAAACUUUCGAGUUGAUAAAUGGAAAAUUAAUACUGCUUGUGCCUACUACACCAGAAAGCCCUAGUACAACAGGUAAUGAUGCCACUACACCAGCAGGAAUAGUUGCCACUACAACAAGCGGUGGAUUUCCAGAAAUAGAAGGUACCAGUGCAACAGGAAGUGAUGGUAAUACACCAACUGGUGGAUCUCCCGGGACAGGAGGUACUGGCUCAACAAGUAGAGCAGGCACUACACCAAGCAGUGGAACCCCUGCAGUAGGAGAAAAGGAAGCAACUGGUAGUGAUGGCCCUACAUCAAACGGUAAAACUCCCGGAACAAGUGGUACUGGCUCAACAAAUAGUUCUGGCAUUUCGCUAAGCAGUGGAACUCCUGGAACUGAAGGUACUGAAGCAACAGAAAGUGAUGGGACUACAUCAAGCAGUGGAACACCAGGAACAGGAGGUACUGGUUCAACAAGUAGUGUUGGUAUUACACUAAGUGGUGGAACUCCUGUGACUGAUGGCACCGAAGCAACAGGAGUUGAUGGCACUACACCAAGUGGUGGAACUCCUGGAACAGGAGGUACUGGCUCAGCAAGUAGUGCUGGUAUUACACCAAGUGGUGGAACUCCAGGAACUGGUGGUACCGGAGCAACAGGAGGUGAUGGCGCUACACCAAGCGGUGCAACUCCAGGAACUGGUGGUACCGGAGCAACCGGAAGUGCGGGCACUACACCAAGUGGUGGAACUCCUGGAACAGGAGGUACUGACUCAGAAAGUAAUGCUGGCAUUACACAAAUUGGUGGAACUCCUAUUACUGGUCGUACCGAAGCAACAAGAGGCGAUGGCACUACACCAAACGGUGGAACUCCAGGAACGGGUUAUAUAGGAGCAACAGGAAGUGAUGUCACUUCACCAAGUGGUGGAACUCCUGGGACAGGAAGUGCUGACGCAGCAAGUAAUGCUGGUAUUACACAAAGUGGUGGAACUCCUGUUACUGGUGGUACCGAAGCAACAGGAGGUGAUGGCACUACACCAAGUGGUGGAACUCAUGUGACUAGUGGUACCGAAGCAACAGGAGUUGAUGGCACAACACUAAGUGGUGGAACUCCUGUGACUGGUGGUACCGAAGCAACAGGAUUUGAUGGCUCUACACCAAGAGGUGGAACUCCUGGAACAGGAGGUACUGGCUCAGCAAGUAGUGCUAGCAUUACACCAAGUGGUAGAACUCCAGGAACUGGUGGUACCGGAGCAACAGGAGAUGAUGGCACUACACCAAGUGGUGGAACUCCUGGAACAGGAGGUACUGGCUCAGCAAGUAAUGCUGGCAUUAUACCAAGUGGUGGAACUCCGGAAACUGGUGGUACCGGAGCAAUCGGAAGUGCGGGCACUACACCAAGUGGUGGAACUCCUGCAACAGGAGGUACUGACUCAGCAAGUAAUGCUGGCAUUACACAAAGUGGUGGAACUUCUGUUACUGGUGGUACCGAAGCAACAAGAGGUGAUGGCACUUCACCAAGUGGUGGAACUCCUGCGACUGGUGGUACUGAAGCAACAGGAGUUGAUGGCACUACACCAAGUGGUGGAACUUCUGGAACAGGAGGUACUGGCUCAGCAAGUAGUGCUAGCAUUACACCAAGUGGUGGAACUCCAGGAACUGGUAGUACCGGAGCAACAGGAGAUGUUGGCACUACACCAAGUGGUGGAACUCCUGUAACAGGAGGUACUGGCUCAGCAAGUAAUGCCGGCAUUACACCAAGUGGUGGAACUCCAGAAACUGGUGGUACCGGAGCAAUGGGAAGUGCGGGCACUACACCAAGUGGUGGAACUCCUGGAACAGGAGGUACUGACUCAGCAAGUAAUGCCGGCAUUACACAAAGUGUUGGAACUCCUGUUACUGGUGGUACCGAAACAACAGGAGGUGAUGGCACUGCACCAAGCGGUGGAACUCCUGUGACUGGUGGUAGCGAAGCAGCAGGAGUUGAUGGCACUACACCAAGUUUUGGAACUCCUGAAACGUUGGGUACUGGCUCAGCAAGUAGUGCUGGCAUUACACAAAGUGGUGGAACUCCUGUUACUGGUGGUACCGAAGCAGCAGGAGGUGACGGCGCUGCACCAAGCGGUGGAGCUCCAUUAACUUAUGGUACCGGAGCAACAGGAAGUGAGGACAAUACAGGAAUUGGUGGAAUUGCUGGAACAGGAGUUACUGGCUCAAUAAGUAUUUCUGGCAUUUCACUUAGUGGUGGAACUGCAAGAACUGAAGGUACCGUAUCAACUGGAAGUGUUUUUACUGCACCAAGCGGUGGCGCUUCUCAUGCUGCAGGCACUGGGGCAACAGGAGUCACCUCUAGUGACAAUACUGUAGACUCAACAGGAAGCACAAUUUGUUCUAUAACGCUAGGAGGUCGAACAGGAGGCAUAACUGAUUUAACAUUCGGAACGAUAGUCACUGGUAUAAGUGGAAGCGAUAGCAUUCUGUCAAGCGAUGCAACCUCGGGAAUUGCAGGUACUGGAAUGACAGGAAGCGACCGCACUAUGUCAAGCGAUGCAACAUCCGGAACGACAGGAACAGGAACAACGAGUAGUGGCAAUAUUAUAUCAAGUGAUGCAAUGACAGGAACGGUGGGUACUGGAAUAACGACUACUACCAGCACUAUGUCAAGUGAUGCUGCAUCUGAAACGGCAGGCACUGCAGUAACCAGUAGUGGCGGUACUCUGUCAAGUGAUGCAAUCUCCAGGAUGACCGGUAAAGGAACAACUGGAAGUCAAAACACUAUGUUAAGCAGCGUAACAUUGAAAAUGACAGGAACUGGAAAUACAGAUAGCGACAGCACUAUGUCAAUCGCUACAACAUCUAAAAUAACAGGAACUGAAACAACAAGAAACGAUAGUAUUCUAUCAAGUGAUACAACAUCGGGAAUGACGAAAGCAGGAACAACAAAAAGUGAGAGCACUCGUCCAAGUCAUGCGACAUCUGGAACAGCAGGUACUGGAACAACAGGAAGUGACAGUACCCUGUCAAGUGACACAACUUCUGGAACUGCAGGCACUGGAAUAACAGGAAGUGGUAGUACUCUUUCAAGCGAUACAACUUCUGGAACAGCAGGUACUGGAACAACAGGAAGUGACAGUGCCCUGUCAAGUGACACAACUUCUGGAACUGCAGGCACUGGAAUAACAGGAAGUGGUGGUACUAUCCAAAGUGAUGCGACAUCGGGGACAGCAGGCACUGGAACAACAGGAAGUGAUAACACUCUGUCAAGCGAUACAACAUCGGGAACAGCAGGUACUGGAACAACAGGUAGUGACAUUAGUCUGUCAAGCGAUACAACUUCUGUAACAGGAGGUACUGGAACAACAGGAAGUGACAGUGGCCUGUCAAGCGACACAACAUCGGGAACAGCAGGUACUGGAAAAACAGGAAGUGACAGUGCCCUGUCAAGUGACACAACUUCUGGAACUGCAGGCACUGGAAUAACAGGAAGUGGUAGUACUAUCCAAAGUGAUGCGACAUCGGGGACAGCAGGCACUGGGACAACAGGAAGAGAUAGCACUCUGUCAAGCGAUACAACAUCGGGAACAGCAGGUACUGGAACAACAGGUAGUGACAUUACUCUGUCAAGCGAUACAACUUCUGGAACAGCAGGUACUGGAACAACAGGAAGCGACAUUACUCUGUCAAGCGAUACAACUUCUGUAACAGGAGGUACUCGAACAACAGGAAGUGACAGAACCCUGUCAAGCGACACAAUAUCGGGAACAGCAGGUACUGGAAAAACAGGAAGUGAUAGCACUCUGUCAAGCGAUACAACAUCGGGAACAGCAGGUACUGGAACAACAGGUAGUGACAUUACUCUGUCAAGCGAUACAACUUCUGUAACAGGAGGUACUGGAAUAACAGGAAGUGACAGUGGCCUGUUAAGCGACACAACAUCGGGAACAGGAGGUACUGGAAAAACAGGAAGUGACAGUGCCCUGUCAAGUGACACAACUUCUGGAACUGCAGGCACUGGAAUAACAGGAAGUGGUAGUACUAUCCAAAGUGAUGCGACAUCGGGGACAGCAGGCACUGGAACAACCGGAAAUGAUAGCACUCUCCGAAGAGAUACAACUUCUGGAACUGCUGGUACUGGAACAACAGGAAGUGAUAUUACUCUGUCAAGUGAUACAACUUCUGGAACAGGAGGUACUGGAACAAAUGGAAACUAUAGCACUCUUCUAAGCGACUCUACAUCGGGUACAGCAGGUACUGGAAAAACAGGAAGUGACAGUGCCCUAUCAAGCGACACAACUCCUGGAACUGCAGUCACUGGAUUAACAGGAAGUGGCAGUACUCUCCUAAGCGAUGCGACAUCUCGGACAGCAGGCACUGGAACAACAGGAAGUGAUAGCACUCUCCCAAGCGAUGCAACAUCGGGAACAGCAGGUAUUGGAAGUGACAGUACUCUGUCAAGCGAUACGUCUUCUGGAACAGCUGGUACGGGAACAACAGGAAAUGGCAAUGCUCUGUCAAGUAACACAACUUCUGGAACAGGAGGUACUGGAACAACAAACAGUGAUAGCACUCUGUCAUCAGAUAUAACUUCUGGAACAGCAGGUACUGGAACAACAGGAAGUGACAAUGCUCUGUCAAGCGAUACAACUUCUAUAACAUUAGGUACUGGGACAACUGGAAACGAUAGCACUCUUUCGAGCAACUCUAAGUCGGGGACUGCAAGCACUGGAACAACAGGUACUGCGAGCUCAGCUUCCAGUGAUACAACAGUGGGCUCUACAGGAAUAUUUGAAACGUCCAUUGGAGCAUUUUCUGCUUAUACAGGCGAGACGAUCCAAGAAUUGACUUCAGACUCCACAGGAACGGAAAUCAUGAGUUCUCCUAUGAUUCAAGGAGCUCCAAUUGGCAAAACAACAUCAAGCGGAGGAACUCCAAGAACCGAGGGCACUGGAACAACAAGUAGUUUUGGCACUGCACUAAGCGGUGAAACACUUGGAACAGGAAGCACUAGUGCAACAGGUGACGUUGGGACAAGUGGUGGAACCCCAGAUGUAGGAAAUACGCAAGCAACAGGUAGUGAUGGCACUACGCCAAGCGGUGGAACUCCAGCAACAGGAGGUACUGGAUCGACAACAAAUGCUGUCAUUACGCUUAGCGGUGGAACUCCAGGAACGGGAGGUACUGGCUCAGCAAAUAGUGCUGGUAUUACACAAAGUGGUGGAACUUCAGGAACUUUUGAUACCGAAGCAACUGGAAGUUAUGGCACUACACCAAGUGGUGGAACUCCUGAAACAGGGGCCAGUUUCUCAGCAAGUAGUGCUGGCAUUACACAAAGUGGUGGAACCCCAGGAACUGGUGAUACCGGAGAAACAGGAAGUGAUGGCACUACACAAAGCGGUGGAACUCCAGGAACAGAAAGUGCUGGCUCAAUAAGUAGUGUUGGUAUUACACUAAGUGGCGGAACUCCUGUAACAGGUGGUACCGAAGCAACAGGAGGUGAUGGCACUACACAAAGUGGUGGAACUCCUGGGGUUGGAGGUACUGGCUCAGAAAGUAGUACUGGUUUUACAUUAAGUAGUGGACCAACUACAGCAACUGUUGGAACUCCAGGAUUGGAGAGCACUGGGACUUCACUUAGUGGUGGUACUCCAAAUACAGAUAUUACAAGGUCAGCAGGCAGUGACAGCACUGGAUCCACUGGUGGAACUUCAGAAACUUCAGUGUCUGAUGAUGCAAGGAGUACAGCAACUACACCAGAAAGCGACAACCCUUCGACUCUAGACAUCGAAUUUGAUAUUAACUUUGUUAUCUCGAGUGUGGACCUGUCCCAGUUUUUUACUCACGAAUCUUCAGAGAACGACGACUCUUCAAGUAAUCCUACUUCAACAGGUGGUUCAAGCAAUUCUAAUGUCGGAUCAUCCGGAAGUGACGUCUCAUCAGAUGGUUCACAGUCAGCGAAUUCUGGCAUGGGUCCUUCAGCUACAGAUGGUGCAAGGAGUUCAGGAACUACACCAGAAAGCGACAGCCCUUCGACUCUAGACAUCGAAAUAGAUAUUGACUUUGUUAUCUCGAAUGUGGACCUUUCUCAAUUUUUUAUCCCGGAAUCUUCAGAGAAAGAUGACUCGUCCAGUAUUCCUGCUUCUACAGGUAGUUCAAGCAAUUCUAAUGUCGGAUCAACCGGAAGUGACGUCUCAUCAGGAAAUUCACAGUCUGAUUCUGGCAUGGGUUCUUCUGUUGCAGUGAGUGGUGCAGUAACUAACCCUCCUAUGACUACGGAACCUUCAUCUGAGACGUCUGGCACUGAUGAAUCUACAACACCAGCAAACAUCACAGGAAUGUCAACUUCAAAUGGAUCAAUACCAACUGCAAUCUCAAGCCUAGGGAUUACUCUUACACCAGCUUCGAUCGCAGCUAUGUCAUCCUCAGAAGGGUACACUCCAACUCCAACCCCUUAAUCUAGUACUGGGGAAACUUCGAGACCAGCUAUGAGUACAUGGAUGCCGAAUUUGUGGAUCAUAUCUACACCUCAGAAGGAAGAAUUUUGAAAAUUAUAAGUGAAUUUUCAAAACAAAUUUGAACUUUUUUUUACAUAACAAAUGCAUUCACGUAGAAGGUUUAUAAACAAAAAUAAAUAAUUUUAUCUAAUAUGAAAGCUCUGAGAGAUUUAGUACUUUAUUGAUUCAACGAAGCAAAGCACUUUUCUGAUUCUAUGAUGCAUAUAUUUCAAACCUCUCUUAUUGAGAUGUUAGAUAUUAUUACAUAAACAAAGAAAUAUUUAGCAUUUAAAUAAAAAAAAUAUGAAAAGUUGAAUGAUGUUGUUGAUUUAUCUCUAUUUAUGCGGCUGAUAAAUGCAUUUAUCAACUAAAACCAAUAUUUGAGUCAUUAUUUCUGAUGCUUAUGCUUACUUUAAUUAUGUUAAAAUACAUUAAUCAAGUAUAGCAAAGUGAAAUUUUCAAUCAAAACUUAAUUUUUAUCACAUUUCAAAAAUUUAUAUAUCUGUCAUAAAAUUCAAAAAUCUGGCUGUUGGCUAUUUAUCGUUGCUUUUUCCAUUGAGUGACUUGUAAUUGCGUUCUUCUAACGAGUAAAUAGAAUUUAGUAUGAUCUUCCUUUAUUUGUUGUAUCUGUGUUAAAUAUUAUUUCCUAAUAUCAUUCAUGGCAACUUGGUAAAACAUAACAUCAUGUUUUGUUCAUUUUUGUUUUGUGUCUUUGUACAUGAUACAUUUUAUAUUGCUGCCUAAAAUUAAAAAAAUAUAUAUA